CUUACCCAACCCCGGAAGUAACUUGCACGGUUAUAACCAGGAUCGAUCAAACAGUGAGAAACUACGUUUGUUUUUGUGAAUUGUAUAGAUUGGAGAUACAUUGACUUGUUCUGCUUAUGCCAUACUGCCACUGUGAGACAAGAUGGGCUUCCCUGAAGACGAGCACACAAAGACUAUCAGGCGAGGACUUAGCGGCCUACUCAAUAACGAGAAAUUUUCGGAUGUCAUCGUUACAGUUGCAGGCCGAGAGUUCAAAUGCCACAAAUUCAUUUUGUCUCUGUUCUCAUGUUACUUCGAGGCAAUGUUCACAUCAGGGAUGCGAGAAAGUAUUGAGAAUCGUGUGAAUCUACCGGAUGUGAACGCCGAUGUGUUCUACAGGAUCCUUCUGUUCAUGUACCAGUGUGAGGACAUCGUGGACAUGGACACGGCCCAGGACGUCCUCCUGGUGGCGUCCCGUCUCCAGAUCAAGUGUCUCCAGGACUACUGUGAGAAGUUCCUGUCUAAGAAGAUCGGAGUCAACAACUGCAUCUCCCUCUGGAGGAUGUCAAAGAUGCAUAACUUCCAGAAAAUGAACACCACAGCGUUCGAAACCAUUUGUCGAUCAUUCCAGGAGCUUGUGUCGUCUGAGUCCUUUAAUGACUUGACGCCCGAUGAACUGAAGAUCAUCAUUGAAAGUGACCAGCUCAUCAUUUGUGGAGAAGAGGCUGUGGCUGAUGCUGUGUUGAGCUGGGUCGAGGCGGACCACGGCAACAACAAAUGGCGGAAAACUCAGCUCUCGUAUUUGUUGGAGGUUGUGCGUUUGCCCUUGACGACCCCUGAGUACCUUCGACACAAAGUGGAGCAGAAUGAUCUUGUCCGGAAGAGUAAGGAAGCUCAAGAUCUUGUCGAAGAAGCAAAGAAUUUCCAGAUGAUGCCUGCACGACGACAAGAUUUUAGCAGUCCCAGGACGACACCGCGGAAGUCUGCCGAUACGGAAGAGGUUGUGUUUAUCAUAGGUGGUGCAACAGAUCGUGCAAACGAGAAUCAGACAAGUGUCUACUGUUAUAGUUUUACUUGUGACGAGUGGUACAGUUUGACUAACCUGCCGUGUGACAUCGGGAAAGGUUCCGCAGCGUGUGUGCACGGAUCCAGCCUCUUUCUCACUGGGGGAUCCAAAAAUGUGAAAGUGAUGUACCGAUACGAGAAAAGUCGUUGGAUAAAGGGAGAGGCCAUGCCACACGGCCGGUGGCAUCAUGUCACUGUCGCCGUGGGCGACCGCUUGUACAAUAUCGGAGGAAUGAAAGACUCGCUUGACUCAGAAAGUGAUCUUGUGGCUUGUAUAGAUGAAUACCACAUCUCGGGGGAGAGAUGGCAUCAGGCCGGUACUCUCGCAGUCCCCGUACACCAAGCAGGAAUGGCCGUCCUUCACGAAAAGAUCUUCUGUUUCGGGGGGCUGGACAAAGAUGGCAACUUCAGCAGUGCGAUUCAGUACUUCGAUGUGUCCAAGAAAACCGCUUGUCAGGUUGGUUACCUCCCCUCUCCUCUCAGUGAACACUUAAAGGCUGUGACUAUCGAUGAUGAUGUGUACGUCAUAUCCAGCCAAUCAGAGGGCCUACAGCUGUUCAAACUGGACAAUAGCAGCAUGGACGUGUGUAAUCUGGUACACGUCAACCUCAUCCAGACUAUCAACCUCCCUGAGCUCACUCACUUCAGUGUGUUUCAACACGAGGGCAACUUGUACUUAGUGGGGGGGUACGAGGAGGGAGAGGGGACAAGCACCAGUGAUGAUAACAGAACAAUGUCGGAUUCAAUACAUAUCAUCCGCUUUCCGGACUCAGCCAACGCUGGCUACACCCUUGACUCAAUGCCGAUGCCCUCAAAGAAGGCGGAAGUGGCACUGGCGAAGAUGCAUCUCAGUAAAAAAUACCUCAAGAGUCGUAUCAGUGUCACCCGGGACAAACAGAUAUAGACUGGGGCAGUGACUACCUACAAAAUGGCAAUCUAUGUUGAACACUCAUGUUUCGGUGUAUCAAGUGCUACUUUGUCACCUUUUGUACAAGAUGAUCCAAUAAUAAUGUCUAUGUUUUAUUGUUGUUUAAAUAAUGCAUCCUCUAUAUCUCCAGGGCGGUGGGGUAGCCUAGUGGUUCAAGCGAAGCCGAAGACCUGGGUUCGAUUCCCCACAUGGGUACAAUGUGUGAAGCUCAUUUCUGGUGUCUCCCGCCGUAAUAUUGCUGGAAUGUUGCUAAAAGCGGCGCAAAACCAUACUCACUCAAUCCAGGGCUCAUAUUUCGGUAAACCCACUACCCACAGACCCAUCCCUGUGUUUCUUGCGAUCUCAAAUUACCCGCCCUUGAUUUCCUUCAGCCAAUAUGAUAGCUAUACCACUAGGUCUAACGUACCAAUCCAAAUCAGUUACAAACCAACCUCAAUGUUGAGUUGGCGAUAUCAACAACAUAGCAGCCAAUCACUGAUUACGAUAGUGGUUGUGAAAUUCAACGUUGACAAACUGACUGGUACGCAAAAAAUAGACCUAAAAAACAUUUUUGAAGGAAAGGAUGUCUUCAUGUCAAUCAAAACUGGCAGUGGCUUUGGUUUCUAGGCAAUAUGAGUUACCUCCCUUACCCAUUUUCUUUUUCCUGAUCUUGACGUUUGAUUGGUGGGUAAAAUGUUUAUGACAAUCAAGGGCAGGUAAUUUGAGAACCACAGGGAUGAGUCCAGGGGUUUGUGUAGGUUUACCGAACUGCAAGCUCGGAAGAUACAGAGGAUGUCAAUUAUUUAGCCGUAUUAGUUUCUGUAACUUCCUAAUUCACUAGUUUUAAUUAUGCACAGUUGGUUAUAAAGAGUUGUUUUAUAAUAUGUUUAUAAUAGUAAUAAUUUUAACACUGUAAUAACAGUGUAGAGUUGCGUCCCUUGCUCAUAGAAGGAUCUGUUGAUUGGGGUUUGAAUCUAGGCUACCUUCAUUCCGAUCUUUGAUUUGUAAGCACCAUACCAAGCCCGAGAAACAAAGGUGGUCGACAUCCAAGACCUACCCACUAUCCCUUUGGACUUUCCAUCACUCUCUCACUGUGACGUAACUGAAAAUACUGUUCACAGUGAGUCAAAGCCGUCUCACGCGCCCACGACGUGGAGUGUUUGAAGUUAUGAGGGUCCUGGGGUUGUUAAGGUUUGCUGAUCUAGUAUAUUAGUCUGGGGAACCCUUAGCUCUUUGAUUUAUAGCAUGAGUGAGUGUGUUUGGUUUUACACUGGUUUUAGCCAUGUUAGCAAUACUCCAGCUAUAUCUCAGCUUAUCACUGUACCCAUAUCUGGGAUGAAAAGAUACAUCAGUGCUCCGGUACAUCGUGUUUUCAUGUGUUUAAGUGUUUCAAGUUCCCUUCUAAUAAUAGCCCUACAAACAUGUGUCUACAGCUAGCCUUUCCUUUUGAACCUGUUCUGAAAUAUUUAUAGUCAAAAAGUUUCCACAAGAUUUGACAAAAAAAUGUGUAUCACUAUACGUAUCGUAUCGUGACGUUCCUGUAUCGUAUAAUUGUCUUGGUUCACAGGCACCGCCCGCAUCAUUAUAAUGUACAUCGCACAUUUUUCAUUUUUAAACAAAAAACAAAUCCUUAAAUAUUCCAACUCCAGCGGUAGUCAAAUACUGUAUUCCAGUAUGUUAUUCAUCAAGGAAUACAUUUUUGUAGGGAGGCCCUUUCACAGGUUGAUUGGACACAACUGUUUAUUUGGUUAGACAACUGUCUAUUUGCAAAUGCGCACGCGCGCACACACACACACACACACACAUUUUACCACUGUUUACACAAGUGUUUAUUUGCUGACAUACACCACACUACCCACCCCCACCCCCUACCAGCCCGCAC